AUGACUGACAAUAAUGAUCCAUAUUCUCAAUCUACAUUUACAGGUUAUUCAUUAUGGCUAGUACCAACACGUCAAGAAGAAGUAAAUAUCCUCAAAGAUGGAAUGCAACACAUAAGACAACAAGUCCAUGCAGACAUUUCAGCACCAUUUGAACCACAUGUAACCCUGUUAUCAGGAUUGAAUGAAGAAGAUGGAUGGACGGCUGACAAGAUUUGGCAUGCAUUCAAAGGAGCAGGACAGAGAUGGGCAUCCAAUACAAAAGGAGUAUUAUCGCUCAAGCUAGAAGAAGUCACAACGAGGGGUUUAUACUUUCAGUGCAUCUUGAUCGCAUUGGAGAAGACAAGCGAAUUGUUAUCGAUCAAUGCAUAUAUGCGAGAUGCAUUCAACGCACACGAUCAGCCUCCUUAUUUCCCUCAUUGUUCGCUGCUUUAUGGACAUCUGACAAAAGAGCAAAUGCAACAAACCAUCCAAUCUCUCAAACAGGGCGAUCGUCCCCUCUAUCAUGAAACAGGAAAAGGAAUCGCAUUCGGCAUUUCGGAUUCCGGCAAGAACCCAAUCAAGCAAAUCGAGUUAGGCGCAGUGGAAUUGUGGAAUACCAACGGAUCAGUAGCAGAUUGGAAGCGGGUACACAGAAUCAAUUUGUCGGACCUACGAUGA